AUUGAAACCAACCUAAAGCUCCUUUUUCCAUUAUUCUAGAGAUAGAUCCGAUUAUUGCUGACUUAAGCAUCGGAGUGUCUACCUCGAGGACCCAUCUCGGGGCUUUACAAGUUCAUCUGGAGUGAAGAAGUGGACUGAAGAAGGAUCUCUGGUUUGGUGCAAUUACAUUGGCGCCAUCUGUGGGAAUCCGAACUAAAAGCUCUUUUGUUGCUUUCUCAUCAUGGUCAACACUCAAUCUGUCCGAGUUGGAAAUCAGGCUCAACCUCUUGGACAAGGUCAAGGUCAAUACCUCAACAACCUUCCACAUCACCCCCCACCUCAAAUUCCAAAUCUAUUCCCUCCUGUUGAACAUGCAGAAGGAGGAGAUGAAAACCAACCUCACAACUUAGCCCACAACUCAGCCCACAACUCAGCUUCCACUCCCAAUCAAGGAGAUGUAGCCACAGCUCAGCUUGCUGCCAUGCAACAACAGUUCAGUGUCUUUCAGAUAGUUUUGGCUCAGCUCCUAGCUUGUAAUAAUCUUGUCCCAGUUCAGCAAUCUCUACCUGAUGAUGUCACACGACGUCUGAACAGCUUAGAAAAACUAGUAGCUGAACAACGAGGUGCCUCACCUCCACACUAUAACACUGCUUCUAUACCUCAUCCUCUGAACACUAACAUCACAUUGGAACCUUAUCCUGCUGGUUUCAAAAUACCUCAGCUCGAGACAUACAAUGGGACGAAGGAUCCAGAUGAUCACCUCUAUGCCUUCUACUCCUCUAUGCAAGCUUAGAACGCUUCUAAUGCGUUGAUGUGCAAAAUUUUUCCCUCCACUCUUCGUG